GACAACGUGUGCGCGUACACAGGGUUUGUCCGUCCAGACUUUCCUUACCAGUGCCAGACUGUCCCGCGCAGUUUCAUCACAGAGCGUCGGUGGAUCUACAGACGACAAUAGACUGUGUGGGUGGAUCCCAUGCGGUGGAUCUGUGUUUAUGAGUCCGUCUGGUCCCGCAGGUCUGUCGGGCCUGUGUCAGGUCACCGAUCACCUCUACCUCAGUAAUGGCCGAGCGGCCCGAGACUCCGCUCAGGUCAGUCGGUGUAAGAUCACUUGUAUCAUCAGUGUUACAGAGACCAGGUGGAGCUGUCCUCCUGCUGCCGGGGUGGAGCACAUCCACAUCCCGCUGUCCGACUCCCCGGUGUCCCCUCUCAUCGAUCACUUUGACCGGGUGUCGGACAUCAUCCAGCAGACAGCGGACGGCGGAGGCCGCACGCUGGUGCACUGUAACGCGGGCGUGAGCCGCUCCUCCGCGCUGUGCAUCGCCUUCCUCAUGCGGCACCGCGGCCUCUCUCUCCUGGAGGCCCACGGCACCGUGAGGACCUGCAGACCCAUGGUGAGGCCGAACACGGGCUUCUGGAAGCAGCUCAUCCGCUAUGAGAUGGUGCUUCGCGGGUGCAACUCCGUCCGAAUGGUGGCCUCGUCCAUCGGAGAGAUACCAGACAUUUACGAAGAAGAGUCCAGGAAUGUGACGCCACUGUGAGGACCUUUUGUGUGUGUAAAAAUCUGUACAUAUACUGUGUGUGUGGAAAUAAAUACACGAUGUUUUACAACUUUCACAAUGAUGUUCUAUUAAAACCAACACAUACUGAAAAAGAA